AUGUUGGACUCUUAUUCAGUGGAGGAGAAGCAUAUAACACAGUACUUCUUGGAAAGAAGGGAGGAGUUGCAAGGCGAUGAGAAUAGGGAGGUGGCAAUUGUAAAGGCAGAUCGCGAGAAGGUGGAAGAGUACAUGAUGCGUCUAUUCGAGAAGUUGCACCAUGUCAACGAGUAUCUGAUUGGUACCGGUCUCUACAACGAUGACAUUGUCGAGCAGGUCAUCGGUCAGUUCUCAAACAACAAGAAGAGACAUCAUCACGAGAUCCUUCAAACUCAGCUGCAACACUCUAUUGCCUCGGUCUCGGCAACAGUACCAGCUGAUCCCAAGGUGGCCCCGCUUCACUCUGCGCUCUCCUCUAUCAAGGCCAUGCGUGACACACUCUUCAAGGUCAACUGCAACUACGACCAGAACAACUCAAUCGCCAAUCAAUUCGAGAGACAUCAGAAGGUACCACGUGUUGGUGUCGCCGCUGGUAGUGAUGAGCUAAAGUCCUCCAAUCCUGUGUCUGCCUCAAGUGCACCCCCAAUGUCAUCCUCUUCAUCAUUCAAGCCUGUCUCAGCCUCAAGUACACCACCAAUGUCUUCCUCUUCAUCGUCAUUCAAGCCCGUCCCAUCAUCAAACACACCACCACUGUCAUCUUCAUCCUCCUCAUUCUCCCCUUCAUUGGCCUCCUCCUCCUCAAGACAACCUGACAACAACAACAACAACAACAACAAUGUACCAAAUGUUGUUGACAACAACAUCAGUCCAAUAAGUAGUAUAAGUAGCACAAUCAAUAGUAUCAUGAGCAAGACACCUGGUGGCGUCAUUAGAACAAGUGGAAGUGCCAUAAACACGACUACUAUCGUCAGAGGCAACAUCACUACUACUCCAAACAGCAACGUAUCAUUGACUCAUUUCACCAAGGGCACAAGGAAGAAGAAGAGAGUGCCACAGUUGGACACCUCACAAUCAAGUGUGACACCGCAAUUACCGCCACAGCAACAAAUUCCAACUCCUACCGCCACUCUUUCAACGUUCACAUCCACAACAACCAACUCUAACUCCACCAACAACUCCACCAACAUCAACAACACUCCGGCCACCUUCACGCCCGGCCCACUAGCAUCACACUCUCCUGCAUCCUCCCCUGCACUUGCCCCUGCACUCUCACCUCAACAGCAGGCGGCGACCGUGGUCAUUGCCAGCCAGCCUCAGGACAUCAAGGAUUGCAAGCAUCUGCCGUCGGACACUCGUACGCUCAACAAUCAAUUCUUCACGAUUGGCGGCGGUGGAGUCUACAUCUUUGACUUUAACAGCAAUGAUUGGUAUCUGUUUGACGAGUUUGGCGACAAGGACGUGAGGUACUAUCCCAUGAACUCGGUGGUGUCAUCGCCCACCAAGAUCUACAUCUUUGGCGGUGCCAACCGCUCGCACAGCUUCAUCUCAUUCCUCCACCAGUCGUUCCAGUGGAGCACGCCCAUGGAUAUCCCGCUAGGCCGACGAGGUGGCGCCGGCAUAUCCACUUGCUACGAUGGCGACAAGUACAUCUACUUGACUGGUGGCUACUUCAAGGAUGUGUACCUAGCACGCAUCGAUAGAGUCAAUGUCGAGACCGAGGCUUUCGAACGUGUUGGCGAGCUAUCCGCUCGCAACUGCCAGGCACUAACAUUCGUGCGAAACAAAGAGCUCUAUGUCGUGGGAGGACUCAACGACAAUGAGGAGCGUCGUUCACUGCUCAUCUACAACAUUGCCAACAAUCAAAGCCGAGUGCACAUCCCCGACCUGGGCUUCAACAGCAGUAUCGUGGGCAGUUGUUACGAUGGCGGUGAUCUGGUCUAUAUCCUGGACGACGAGAGUCAGUUCUACAGUAUGUCGUUGACGACCAAGGACAGGAAGGACCUGCACACGCCACUGGAGGGCAAGCUAUCGUCCAAGUACUCAAUGGUACAUUUCAAUGGUGACAGUAGUGAUCCGGCCUAUCUCAACCACAAGUACAUCUAUCUCAUUGGAGGCAAGACCUAUGGCAAUCAUCUCUACUCUGUCUUUGAUGAUCGAUGGAUACACAUCAAUGACAAUGACAAAGUCAAUCGUAGUUUCAGUGGUGCAACAGAGACUCAAAUACAUGCAGGCACUACUCGUUAG